CCCCUUUCACUGAAACCGCCAUCACACUGGCAGAGUCUGAACUACGGAAAUGUUCAAGUUUUACGUGCUCUUGUUUCCCAUCUUUAGAGCCUAUGGCGCUCUGCUCUACGUUAACCCCGGACAAAAUGUGAUUUUACCGUGUUUCUACGCCUCUGAUGCCAAAUAUCUGUGUUGGUACAAGCAGGUUGCAGGGGAGCAUCCUCAAAUAAUAACCUCUUUCUACAAACAUUCACGAGACACCAGCAUCUUCCACAACCAGUUUAAAGACAACAAACGCUUUUCAGUUCAUACUGGAUUGGGGUUCUACCAUCUGAACAUCUCUAAUGUCCAGGACUCGGAUUCAGCUAUGUACUACUGUGGACAUACCAGUAUUACAGUCAGUGAAUUUGAUAAUGGAACAUUUUUGGUUUUAAAAGAGGCCAGUCGCAGGUCUUUCCUCCAGCAGCCGGCGUCCGACUCGGUGCAGCCAGGAGGCUCCGUGACACUGAACUGCACGGUGCACACUGGAACCAGUGACACAGAACACAGCGUUUACUGGUUUAAAAAGGAGAAUUCAAGAAACUCACACUUGGGAAUCAUGUACGUCCACACACACAGCAGCAGUCAGUGUGAACGGAGCCUGGAAUCUCCUGCACAGAGCUGUGUGUACAGUUUAUCGAAGAGGAAUGUGAACCCGUCGGAUGCCGGGACGUACUACUGUGCUGUGGCUUCAUGUGGAGAGAUACUGUUUGGGAAUGGAACACGACUGGAGGUUGGAGAGAAACAGGAUGACAUUUUCCCUCUCUGGAUGCAAUGCGUGCUUGCAGCUCUCCUCGUGUCUGUUAUCUUGAACAUCAUCCUGAUCGGUAUUCUCUGCAAAAUGUCCAAGAGAAAACAUCUACAUUCUGGAGGGCUGCACGUCCACUCGAGUGUCCCAGAAUACACCGCUAACAGUCAGAAUGAGGAAUCUGAAGCUUUGCAGUACGUAGCACUGGACUUCAAAAAGAAGCAAGGCAAGGGCAGGAGACAGAGGAGCACAGAGGAGGGGACGAUUUACUCUGGAGUUAGACUGUCAGUCCUGAAGUGACCAACAUUUCUACACCUCCCACUAACUCCUGUAAUUUCAAUUAUUAUUAUAUUAAAUUCCAGCAACACUGGAUCCUACAUUUCACAUAAUGCAAUUCUGUUGACAUUGUCAGGGUUAGUUUUUCAGACUUUAGAAAGCUCCAGAGUCACAGGAGCCCAUUUCCAAGUAGCUCUCUCCUGAAACUGAACUUCAUGCGUGAACUCGGUGGAAUGCUCCUUUAAAUUCAGCAUCAGGCCUCGCUUCUAUUCAGUAAGCUGUGUGCAGUUAAGCUCUCGGUCGGUAGGGAGCAGCAGUCCACCUACAGUCACAUGUUUUACCUUUUUAAAAUGAUCAACACAUUUUGUGAACAGACCACAGAGGCGGAGCAUUUGAACAUUUCAAAGACACUUGUGAGGUGUGUCCUGUUCGUUUCGAGGUAAUGUUGUGGUCGACUGACAUACAGUAAAUAUCUCGCCUCUGCCCCAUUUUCAGAGACCUGGCGCACUGCCAGUAUCAUGACAGCAACAUGUUACAUCAUUAUGUAAUCAGAAAUGCUCAGUUUUAUGGUUUCCAGCAGAUGAGUUUGGUUAAAAUAUACAUUUAUUUUGAAAUUGUGGAUUUCCUCACUGAGUAGUUCAGCGUUUAAUCAUCUUAACUAUGUAUUAUUAUCAUUUUUAAUAUUAUAUAUGUUCACUAUGACAAAUGUGUUUUUCCCCAUCCCUCCUCAUCCUAAAUCCAGUUGAGAACUACGUACAUAACAAAGGUUGAGUGUUUUGUUCAACUUUUGACUUGUUCCUCUCAAACACUCAUAAAGACAGUGAUGUCUUUUCAAGUCCUGCAGCCGACUGACUUAUAAGAAAAGAAAAAAAACUCUCGCUUCUGAGUUCCCGCUCUGGUCAAGGUCGCUCGCAUCGAGCUCAACUCAAGUGGUUUUGUCCCCCCCCCCCUCCCCCCCCGGCCCUCCCGCCUUGACAGGAUGUCUAUGUGGUCUUAUUUGUGAUGCUGUUUGUUUGUUCCAGUCGCUUCACAAUAACGCCUCCGCUUUUUCACUCCUCAAUCUCAUGCAUGUAGUAAAACUAAAUAAAUAAACUUAUAUGCAAAUUAACAGGUUAAAAGACAAUAAUGUCCCACUUCAUAUAAACAAAAAUGUACUGAUUAAAAGGCAUCAAUGCAGCUGA